AUGAAAACUCAAUCCUUAUCUAUUUUGUGGUUACGGUUAUACAUAUUGAUUUUAUUUAUUAGAAACUGUCUUUGUGAUGAGAAAAUCAUAGACAGCUCUAAAUAUGGAAGAUUAACUAUCACCAACAACACUUCCCAAGACACUUUAGAGGUUGCAAACACUCUACCUAAUUCUCAACCAAAAAUGUUUAUGCACAAAACUGAGACGUAUUCCGUUGAAGUAAUUAAUGCUACUACCUUGUCUGAAAACACACGAAAGAAAAGGUUUGAUGUGUCUGGACCUGUUCGAACACCUGCUCAAGCAAAUGUUUGUGUUCUAGGUGCUGCCUUUAGUUACCAAGUUAUGAAAGACAUACCUAAUGGAAUUAAAUAUUUAUUGAAAACGGAUCAAUGUCAGACAGAUUUGGCAAUGGUUGAAGUAUACAGAGACAUUGAUGUAUAUUGGCAAGCUGGUGAAAUCACUGGAUCUUGUGACCUCAUACGAAAAUCUGAAAUAAUUGAAUUGGUAUUACAAGAGCAAAUUGAUGAAGUAUACAACACACGUAUUUGUGCUUUCCAAUGUAUUAAGUUAAGGCGUGGUUUGGAUUGGACGUUUUAUUUGAAAUUUGGAACCAGUAGAGAUUUGGUUCAAUACACAGAAUGCAGCAGCAAAACAGGAGGAUUCAGUGAAUGUAGAGAAGGUGAAAUUAACGAUAUUUGA